AUGGCUGAAACUCUAGGACAUCAAGAAAUUCAAGAAAUUGGAAAGGCAUUAGCCUCUGAUGGCAUGGAUUCUGCAUUGGCCAAGAUUCACAGUUACUUUAAUGAACUAGACAAUGUGGAGCUGGACAUUGCCAUCACAGGAGAGACAGGCUCUGGUAAAUCCACCUUCGUCAAUGCCUUUAGAGGCUUACGGAGCACAGAUGAAGGUGCAGCCCCCACAGGAGUUACUGAGACCACCAUGAAGCCAACACCUUAUCCAUAUCCCAAACACGAGAAAGCCAAAUUAUGGGAUCUGCCUGGGAUCGGAACACCAGCCUUUAAGGCUGAGACAUACCUUCAACAAGUUAACUUUGAGCGCUAUGAUUUCUUUAUCAUCAUUGCUUCAGAACGCUUUAAGGAGAAUCAUGUUAAGCUGGCCAAAGAGAUAAAGAAAGAGAAUAAAAAUUUUUACUUCAUUCGUACAAAAAUUGAUCAAGACGUUAGGAAUGCGAUUGAAGAUGGUGUCUCUGAUAGCAACAAGACACAGGAAGAUAUCCGCAGUAACUGCAGGGAAGAGCUAAAGAAAGCUGGUCUGGACUCUGCUCAGGUCUUCUUGAUCUCAUCACGUAAGGUGGACUCUUAUGACUUCAGUCUUCUCCACCAGACCAUUGAGAUGAACCUUCCUCAGCUUAAAAAAGACCUACUUCUGCUGGCCCUACCGAACAUAUCACUGGAGAUUCAUGAGAAAAAGAAAGAGACAUUAAAGGCCAGCAUAUGGAAAAUGUCUCUGCUCUCUGCUGGAGCGUCUGUUGUGCCCAUCCCAGGCAUCUCUGUUUAUGCAGAUAUGACAAUCUUAAUAAGGGAGCUCAGAAAAUAUUACAAGGCAUUUGGUCUUGAUGACCAAUCCCUGCAGAGGCUUGCAAGCAAAUCAGGGAAAUCCUUGGCAGAGCUAAAGUCAAAGCUGAAAUCACCUCUUUUAGACAAGAUUGACGAAGAUGAAAUCAUCAAAUUGCUGACUCGUGUGGCUGCCACUGGGAUGCAAACAGUUGCAAAGGAGUAUCUCAGUUUGAUCCCAGGUUUGGGAUCUUUAGCAGCUGGUGCAUUAUCCUUUGCUACAAUUUACUGCUUGCUCUGCCGCUGUCUGAACGACCUGGCUGAGGAUGCCCACAAUGUACUCGAGUUUGCUCUUAAGCCAUAG